AUGAGUUCGCUGAACGACAAGCUUGCCGAGCGGAAGGCAAAACGGGACGAGACCAAGAAGAUGGCGAGCCUGCUUGGUCAGGAGCUGGAUGGGCUGCUGCAGGCAAAGAAGGAGCGCAAGGCUGCUUUGGAAGGCAAGCAAGCGGAGCGCAACUACACCCUCUAUCAAACACUCUUCAAGUUUGAGAGUGAUGACCCGGAGGACCUGUGCUUCGAAGGCGGCGAAAUCCUUCGGGUGUUUGAUGACAGUGGUGACUGGUAUGAGGGCGAGAACCAGCAAGGGAAGAAAGGCUACUUCCCACGUAACUAUGUGCGGAAGAUCAACUCCUCUGGCGGGGCAAAGGUGUCUCUGCCCGAAAGCUAA